AUGGCGGCCAUCGUUAACUUGCCGCAUAUAUACAAUGUAUCUGUAAACAAGUUUCGUAACUUUCACGAGAGUGAGGGUCUGCGAAAGUUCGCGAUGAUAAACAAUUUCAUAUACACGAAAUUCGAAGCAGAACAAGAACCUCCUGAAUUGUCGGAAGAGAGAGUGAAAAAGGAUGAAGAGAGUUGGCUUGAAGCUUGUCUGGAUAGUCUUGACGAAGAGGAGAACGGCUACGUCUACAUCACGUUAACGACCGAGGAAGAUGACAUGGAGCUCGAGGAGCAAGAUUCCAACAUACAGAUCACGGAGGAUAUAAUAAUACCAGACGAUCUUCUUCACUCGUCAUAUUUCGUCUCAAACGUCAACCGCAUGGCAAUCGACAAGGAAGAGGAAGUUGAACCGAAAAGGGACGAAGAUGUGAACAUGGUCGAUGACAUCGAAUUUUUUGACACCUCGUCGGAAGCCGAAAGAUCAUUUCACCCAUACUGGAAAGACAAUAGCAUAAUAGAUCCACCUCCUUCCUCCGAUUUUUACCGCCCCUUCUUUAAUUUCGAUGGUGUCCCGCGUUCAUUCCAAAAGUAUCAUCUGGGUCGAGACGAUGUUAUCGUGAAACCACUGGACUCCAAUGCCGUUCUAGGCUUGUUGGACCACCGAUAUCACUCUCCAUCGCAUCCCCCGACCGACAGGAGGUCGAAAGAUGACCUCGAUAUUCUUUAUUCUCUGACCCCCCGAGAUUUGGAUCGAGAUGCCUUGAUGGAUGUGAUCAGAAUGUUGGAAUUUCAAGGAGAGAAAAAGAACGACAAUUCAGAGAAAAACUUUUCCCCAUCGUCGCUAGAAGAUGACAAGAUAUGGUUCAUUCAUUGA